AUGGAGAUGGGUUCGGGCUCUACUGGUGGGGGCGACUCACCCCGUGGGCUCAAGUUCGGGAAGAAGGUCUUCUUCGAGAACCUGGGCAGCGGCGGGAGCUCGUCGUCGGCGGCGCCGCCAUCGGCAGCGGCAGGGAAGAGGGGGAAGAGCGUGGCCCAGGGGCAGCAGCAGCCACCGAGAUGCCAAGUGGAGGGUUGUGGCCUAGAUCUGACGGGGAGCAAGGCCUACUACUGCCGACACAAGGUCUGCGGGACGCAUUCCAAGUCCCCCAAGGUUGUCGUCGCCGGCAUGGAGCAGAGGUUUUGCCAGCAGUGCAGCAGGUAGGUUUCUUCUUCUCCCCCCCUGAUCCUCUUCCCUGAUCUGAUCCCCUGGUAUACCAUGAAUGUGCUCAGAUUUUACUGGCUCUCCUCAAAUCUGUGCCGAUCUUGCUCUUAGUCUACCCGGAUCAUAAUCUCCUUCUGAGAUAUUCUAUUAGCCACCGACGGAUACCGGAGGAGCAGGAAAGCUUAUAUUCUUGUCCGACUUCAUACCCAUCAGCGGAACCUGCUUAGAUUCUACUGGGUCUCCUCAAAUCUGUAUUGAUCUUGGCCUUCUUGGUGCAGUCGCCCUCUUUUCCCCCCUCUCUUUGCGGGUUUCCAGGGGCACCUCCAUUAGACAGACCCAGCGAAGCUUUCUCUUUACCGGGUCUGACUCCCUGGGGGUUCUUGCUCGCCCAUGGAAGCUCAGAUCAGGGUUUGGAGCUCCUUCUGUAGGGGUUACCUCCUCCUCUGAUUAAGAUCCUGUUCUGCUACCAUUUUCCUCACAAGUUCCUCAAGUUUGCUCAGGUGUAUGUGAAUUCUGAAAAUAGCACUGCCCAUUUUGAUGCCUGGAUAUAUGUAUCAUAGUUGUGAUUCCUAUGAUUCUCUCUCGUUCCUUCAUAUAUGUAGAUUAUUUUGCAUAGUAUGAGAGCCAUUGACCUAGUUCGACUGGCAUGAUAGAAUAGUCCCAUCUCAUGUUGAAUGCCUGCAGUUGGUUUUGAUUCGGAUGGCCUGGUUCUCUCUCAUCCCAUAUGAACUUGGCGGCAGGCUUUGGAGAAGACACUCUGAACAAUGAGCUCUGAUCAGAGCUUGUAGAUAUAUGCGAAGAAGCUUUCUUUAUGGCUUUUCUUAUGAACUUGUACAGAGGUGGGACUCAUCUUAUUCUUUCUCUUCUCUCUCUCUCUCUCUCUCUCUCUCUCUCUCUCUCUCUCUCUCUCUCUCUCUCUCUCUCUCUCUCUCACUCUCUCUCACUCUCUCACUCUCUCUUCCUGAGGAUACUCUAAGAGACCUGCUAAUUCUUCUGAAUUAUUGAACUCUUUAGAAGAGCUUGUGGUUAGUGGGACUUAUCUUACUCUCUCCUUUGGAUCACAGGGUUGCCCACGAAAAAGAGUUUCUCUUUCUACACCAAUGAUUUAAUUGGCGCGCCUCUCACUCUAUCUCUACCCCUCACCACAUCUCCCUGUCUUAAGAAACCCUGAGAAACCUACUAAUGCUUCUGGGCAAUGACCAGUCUGUUUUGGCAUCCAAGCGUGGCCAAUGCAUAGAGCACAUUCUGGGCAAUGAUCUAAUGGUUUUAGGGUUCAGAUUGAGCUGGAAGAAGGCUGAUGAGCUGAAAGCACAUUGAAUGUGCGCACUUUAGCAUGGAAAAAUGGAUAAAAAAAAUUUAAACCGCAUGAAUUUUUCAGUGGUGAUUAUUGGAGAAAAAUAAUAGAAAAUCAGCAGAUAAAGAGAAGAACACGUGUUUUUUUUUUUUUUUUUUUUUGUUAUUACUUGAUAUGGCUGAUUCUCCCAGUCUUCUCUCUCAUUCUGGAGAGAGAAAGUACCUUACAGUUAUGGAGAUGGCAGGUGGGAGGUAUUUAUUGAAGGCAAGGAUAAAACCAGGUUUUUUUUCCUUUGACAAUAUCAAAAAUAGUAUUAUCUUACGUGGCCAGAAAUCGUUUCUAAUUAAAAGCCCGUUAUGAUGAAGUUGCUUUUUUUUAGGGUUGAGAAUGGGCCGAGUGGGCCGGGCCGGCCCAUUUUCCCGACUUGGACCAUAACAUCUAAUCGGGGAGAGAAAUAAAUCGGGUGCUCAACCAUGUUUCCUCUGCCAGGUGGCUGCCCUCGUGGCAGCCGAAACCUGGUCCCACUGAUUGGUGGUGGUUACCUGUGCAGGUUCCACCAGCUGCAAGAAUUUGACCAGGGGAAGCGGAGCUGCCGCCGCCGCCUGGCUGGCCACAAUGAGCGGCGGAGGAAGCCUGUGCUGGGCACCAUGGGGCACUGCUUAGCGCCACCAGCGCUGCCGCCAUUUGAAGGUCUGCCCUAUGCUCAGUUUGCUCUCCACUGGCCUUCUCCUCUACAAAGAUCUCAUUUUUCCAUGCCUAUCUAGGCGGCGGCGGCGGCAGAUUUGGCGGCUUUCUCAUGGACUUCUCCUCCCACCCGAGACUUCCUGCAACACCAGAGGAGGUGUGGGCGAGUGUUAGGGUGGAUGGCGGAGGUCCUGGCACUCAAUGGCUGGGCAGCUCCGCCCUGUUGCCCAGCAGCGGUGGCACCACCACUGCCACCAGCCUCAGCCACCCUUACCUGCAAGCUCUGCCCCGUGGCACCCUCUUCUCGAGCCAGGGAGCCCCCCCUGGUGAAGGAUUUGGAGUCUCCGACUCGGGCUGUGCUCUCUCUCUUCUGUCAACCCAGCCAUGGGGAUCAUCUGCACCUGCCGCCGCUGCUGCCACCAGAAACCCGCCACCAGCUGCCCCUGGCGGCAGCUACGGCGGGCAAUUGGGCGCUGCCAUUGCGGCCGAUUUUGGUGCCACCAACGACUCGUGGAGCAUGAAGGGGCACGAGGGCGGCGGCACCAGUGGCACCCAUGUGAUCCCCCCUGAGCAGGGCCUGGGGCGGCUGGGAGAGCCGCCGGGGGAGGCCGCCCAGUUCUCCAGCGAGCUCGAGCUCGCUCUGCAGGGCAGCAAGCCAUGCCUGGACUCUGGCCCGGGCAGAGCCUACGGCUUCCCCAGUAGCCGCAUACAGUGGCCUCCUUAA